GCUCCGCCUCUGCUCGGCUUGUCGGUCCUGGUAGUUACCGAGUUGCGCGCCCAUUGGCCUUGUCCCUCCUCCGGUCUGCCAAGCUCUGACUUGAUUGCGAUGCCUGAAAUUGCCGAAGUCGCACGCAUCACCCACUUCCUGCGGCGACACUUGGUGGGCAAGACCAUCAGCAGAGUCUUCGCCCUCGAUGACGCCAACGUAUUUGGUAAGGCUGGCACCACCGGUCUCGCGUUCCAAGAGGCGCUUGCCGGCAAGGAGGUCACCGAUGUGGGGAGCCAGGGAAAGUACUUCUGGAUGGUGCUGUCUAGCCCGCCACACGCCGUCAUGCACCUGGGCAUGACCGGCUGGGUGCAGAUACGGGGCAUCCAGACCGGCUACACCCGCUACGUCGAGAGGACCAAGGGCGACAAGGAGCUGUGGCCGCCUAAGUUCUGGAAGUUCCAUCUCGAGACCGACGGCGACCCCAAAGUCGAGGUCGCCUUCACCGAUGCUAGGCGUUUCGGUCGCAUCCGCCUCGUCGACUGUCCCGGGAAGGAUAUUCGAAAGCACUCGCCUCUCGUCGAGAACGGGCCGGACCCCGUCAUCGACAGGCACAUCUUCACAGAGCGCUUCCUGCGGGACAAGAUGAGGAGCCGACGCGUCCCCGUCAAGGCGCUGCUCCUGGACCAGACAACGGUCAGCGGCAUCGGGAAUUGGGUUGGCGACGAGAUCUUGUACCAGGCUAAGCUCCACCCGGAGCAAUACUGCAACGAGUUCGACGACGCAGACGUCCACACGCUGUACGAUGCCAUCUGCUACGUGUGCGACACCGCCGUCGCGAAGCUGGGCGACUCGGACCAGUUCCCCGACCACUGGCUCUUCAACCACCGGUGGAGCAAGGGCAAGAAGGACUCGCCCGGCGCCCUGCCGAACGGCGACAAGAUCACCUUCCUCACUGUCGGGGGCCGCACGAGUUGCGUCGUCCCUAGCGUGCAGAAGAAGAGGUGCCGCGUCAAGGAAGAGGAGCCUGCGCCGGGCUCGGACGACGAGACGGAGAGCCGCUUCUUCCCGGGCCGCGGCGAGGCGGAAACCGAGGAGCGCGGGAAGCGCCCGGCCAAGAAGGCCCGGACCCCGAGAUCGAAGCCCGUCAAGCCGGAGGACGAAGCAGAGCCCGCCCCUCCGAGCAGAUCCCGGAGGGGCGCCAAUAAGAAGGAGGAGCAGGAGGACAAGGGAGCGCAGAUCGAGCUCGCACCCGAGAUCGGGGCCAGGCGGCGGUCGGGCAGACUCAAGCGCCCCGCCCCAGAAUAAUAGGGUCGGGUGGGACAGGGAAAGAGAGAAAGAAAGACAGGCGGUUGUGCCCCGCGCCUAAAACCCUGAGGCCCCCGGUCGCCGAGCCCGCAGCGAGGCGUCGGAGAGGCUUGCAUGCAUAGAAUCGCCCUGAGACGGGCUGAGACGGGCUGAGACAGGGGCUGAUAUAAAGAAGGCGUUUCACGCCUGCGAUUCCAGGGCCAUGCGCUGUCUACUAUAUAUAUUACUACGGCAUUAAUAUCACCGCUCCCUUCUCUAGUUGGACCCGCACUAGAUAUUAAUCGUCGCUCUCUGCUGGGGCACAGCGCGGAUACGCGGCUUUCGACGGUCGCCUGUAGUACGCUUUACUGUACACCUACCUAAGUAUCGCUGCAUUAUCAGCCGGACUGGUUGCUCCGCCGUUCGAGGUAUAAGAUUUAGUAACUAGGUAGGGAGGGUGACGGACGGUACGUGCGACGGCC